AUGAUUUGCUCAAUCAUAGUCUGCUUCAUUUUUGGAGCAGUUUUGGCGGCCGAAGAAGAAUCUAGAUCUUCCUACAUAGUAGCCCAAGAGAACAAGCGUUUACAUGGCUAUGCUGUAAAGAGAAUCGAUUCUACCGAUGAAAUGUCAUGCAGUCAAGCAUGUUUAAGGCAUUCUUGGUGUACUUCUUCUAACUUUAAAGAGUCCUCAGGCAAUUGUGAACUGAACAAGCACGAGUUUUCAAUAACUGCAGAUGAUGACACCAAGCUCACUGUUAAUACCGGCACAACGUUUUCAAUGUUUCUUAAGGUAAGUCGAAGAGAUGUUUGUCAACAACGUACGCGAUGUAAGAACUGCAUUCAAAUAAAUUUUAACUAAUACACAUCUGUUCUGUUGGAAAACAGCACUCAGCCAGGAUCACAUGAAUUCGAACAUUUUUGCCCAAAAACAUUCGCUAGUGUAAAAAGCUGCAGGAAGUCGAUGGAAAACAACUUUUGCUUACCCAAGUAAAAUGUGAUUUUCUGCAGGUUUGUCUGAUGGCUGGAUGCCUCAACAGAGGUUCUUGUUUGUUCGACAAAGAAAAAGACGCUUUCGCUUGCUCAUGCAAUCCGCAAUGGAGUGGAGAAAAAUGUGAACUAGGUAAGUUCUUUAGUUUUUUUUGUCCCUUAUAAUAAAUAUAAAAUAGUGGAAGAGGUGUACUGUUGGAAGCAAUUGUCUGUAUCUGGCAAAUAUUUCAGUGCUACAAAGAAACUUAAACUGUGGGCAGAUUGCCAAUUUAAUGAGCCUUCUACUCUGUGAAAAGUAUGUAACAUUGGCAUUUAGUUUUAUUUAUUUCUUAGCCUAGUCAAAUGUGGAUCGGCCUGGGAUUAGAGUGAUUAGGUUCUUUUGAAGAGAAAAAAGCGAAUAAUGGUGCCAACAGCCUGCUAUACACUGGUCCCAUGUAUGGUUGUUGCCAUUUUCAAUAUUUCGUUCGUCAUCUUCUGUUCCAUCUUGUAGUAGUCCAGCCAACACUUUUCGCGAGUUUCUCCAUUUAAUAGACUACCUGGGAUGGACUAGUUAUAAUCUGUUUUUGUAGACAUUGACGAAUGCGCAAAAAAGUGCGGUGCCAAUGCCAUCUGCAAUAAUACCAAGGGAGGAUACAACUGCACUUGUCAUCCGGGAUACUAUGGAGAUGGAAAGAAUUGUGAA